AACGCCGCACAGAUGUUUUCACUCGGGCAGGAAAACAUCCCCACCUCCCCCGCCUCCACCAAAGGACCCAUCAAAUAUGGAGAGCUCCUACUGCUGGGAUGUAACGGCUCUCUAACCUGCGCUGACAAGAGCCGUCGGAAAAGUGGCUUCGCUCUGAGUCGCCGGAACAGAGCCAACGGUGUGAGAGCCAGCACCGUCCACACCUCCUGCUCCACCCAGGCCUCCAAGGCCGUCAGCAACAAGGAGCAGCACAGUAUCUCCUACACUCUGUCCCGGGCCCAGACGGUGGUGGUGGAGUACACCCAGGACAGCAACACAGACAUGUUCCAGAUCGGACGCUCUACGGAGAAUCCCAUCGACUUUGUGGUGACGGACAUGGUGCCCGGCGCUCAGGCCCUCGCCCAGCCGGCGGCUCAGAGCACGAUUUCCCGCUUUGCGUGCCGCAUCAUCUGCCAAAGGAACCCGCCGUACUCUGCACGGGUUUACGCUGCCGGCUUCGACUCCUCCAAGAACAUCUUCCUCGGGGAGAGGGCGGCCAAGUGGAGGAUGCAGGACGGCCAGAUGGACGGACUGACCACCAAUGGCGUCCUGGUGAUGCACCCGCGUCACGGCUUCAGCCAGGACUCCAGACCCGGCCUGUGGAGGGAGAUCUCCGUCUGCGGCAACGCCCUCACGCUGCGGGAGACCAGGUCAGCUCAGCAGAGAGGGAAGACGGUUUCCUCCGAGUCCAACGAGUUGGUGGACGGUUCGCUCAUCGACCUGUGCGGCGCCACCUUGCUGUGGCGGACGGCUGAGGGCCUGGCCCACACCCCCACCGUCAACCACCUGGAGGCGCUGCGGCAGGAGCUGAACGCCGGGCGGCCUCAGUGUCCUGUGGGCUUCAACACGCUCGCCUUCCCCAGCCUGCGCCGCAAGGACGUCCUGGACGAGAAGCAGCCCUGGGCCUACCUGCGCUGCGGCCAUGUGCACGGCUACCACGGCUGGGGGGGGCGCCGCCACCCCGAGGUGGAGGCGGCAUGUCAGGAGAGGGAGUGCCCCAUGUGCCGGGCGCGGGGCCCCUAUGUGCCGCUGUGGCUGGGCUGCGAGGCGGGGUUCUAUCUGGAUGCAGAACCCCCCACUCACGCCUUCGUCCCCUGCGGACACGUCUGCUCCCAGAGCACCGCGGAGUACUGGAGUCAGAUCCGCCUGCCGCACGGGACGCACGCCUUCCAGGCCGCCUGCCCGUUCUGCAUCCGGCCGCUGGGCGGAGACCUGGGCUGCGUCAGACUCAUCUUCCAGAGUCCACUGGACUAGAGACCAAUCAGACGCCUGCACAGGACAACGAGCUCUGACUCUGGGAACCUUUCAUAAUUUAAUCCUGAAAAUGAAAUGAAUUUAACUUAAUUUUACAAAUAUAUGUAAUUUCAUGAUUUCUGCUCUUUCUUUAUUUAUAUAUAUGAUUCUGACAGUUUUGACGUCAACUGUGAUCAUGUUUGAUUUAUUUAUUCUUUUAUCUCUUCAGUCUUUUGUAAAUGAAUUUAACAGCGUUUCCACUAAAACUUAUUUCUGUGUCUAUUCAUGAAUGUUUUGAUAUUUGAUCUG